AUGUCAACUAUUGAGCGCCUAUUGUCCGCUGUGUAUUCCCGUGAGCCGCAUGUGAAGGUGGUUGCAGCAGUGACAGGCUCAGUAUCCAAUUCGUCCCUCAUGGUCGAUUGCUGCUCGGCACAGACCUCUGAAUGUAUGGCAAUGGCUGCGUGGAAAAUGGCAACUGACAUCAUGCGGCGGGAAGCGGAGGCUGAUGGUACACAGACCGCAGCAGCGCUGCCGAAUGUACUGAAACGUUUUCGAGCGGCUGUGGGCAUCGCGUGUACGGCUGGAUUGGCAACCAACUAUACAAAAAUGGGCCCACAUGAAUGUUUUAUCUCAGUUUGCCAUGUUCGCUCAGUGUCUGAAAGUUCUGUACUCCUCAGGCCACAGUACGAAACAUAUCACCUGCAGCUGGACAAGACACUAGGGCGUUCGAGAACAGAAGAAGACCAUAUUGUCAGUCGAUGGCUAGUUUAUCUGCUAGCCAAGGCUGCCAAUGUGCUUCCAAAUGCAUGCAAUACUUUUUAUAACGAAUUAAUGUCAACGCAGUCUAAAAGCGAUGUAUUUAUGAAGCUGACCUCAGAUGACAUUGUUGUCAGUACAAGCGACCUAUUGGAUGAUAUUUGCGCUGGUAAGCUGGAUAAUCUUGUGAGUCUUGCUUUUUUGCCUAAUUUUGCCGAAAAUAGCGCCGAGAAUGCACCCCUCGCACUACAAGAAUUCGAAUUUCGUGGGCUGAUUCUGCCAGGAUCUUUUAAUCCCCUGCACAAGGGUCACGUAGAUCUGGCACGCGUUGCCCAGCAAUUGUUUAAGGCACGAAGCGGAGUCGAUCUACCAGUGGCUUUCGAGAUUGCGAUUGCUAAUGCAGAUAAAGGUGCACUUCAAUCGUCAACUAUUCGAGAACGAGUAGAGCAAUUUAGAGAUAGCAGUGCGAUGAAACUCGGUGCAUGGCCCGUGCUGGUCACAAAUGCCACGCUUUUUGGACAAAAGGCUGAGUUGUUCCCUGGCUGUACGUUCAUAAUUGGGGCCGAUACGGCAAUUCGCAUCGUAGACAAAAAGUAUUAUGACAUGGAUGAGCACAAGAUGGUGCUGGCAAUGGAUCGCAUCGCCCGCCACGGCUGCUCCUUCGUAGUGGCUGGCCGCUUCGGAAAUAAGUUGGGAGAACACUUCAUAAGUGCAGAUGAGGUGCUGAGCAAAUAUGUACCUCCCGUAUUUCGCCACCUCUUCUUGCCUGUACCUGAGUCCACAUUCCGCAACGACAUUUCCUCGUCCAAAAUUCGCCAAGAAAGAGCUUUACAUUAA